CACGCACACACACUCACACACUUAUACUCACACACACACACACACACACACACACUCUCUCUCUCUCUCUCUCUCAUUCUUUCCUGCGUUUGCGCUUUACCAUCGACCGCCCAAGGUGUGGACGUUCGUUCGCCCUUCCUUCACCCCGUUCUUCUUUCGUCCUUCUUCUUCUGACACAACUCCGACGUGGUCACGCUUUGCCUGCACAUUCGCAGCCCAGACAACCACCGUCAUGGCGCUACGCCUGGCUCGUGCGGGUCUUUUCCUGCUCGCAGCAGCAGCGCUCUUCUUCAUCAGCCCAUUAGGCGCAGAGGCAGCCUGCCCUUGCCAGAACGGCGGCACCUGUGUUGGUGACACAUGCUCAUGCGUGCCAGGGUUCUCUGGCGACUCGUGUGAGACGCUCGAGGAUUGCUACCUGGUACAAGCGCACCUGUACCAGCAGCUUGGAACGCUGGUGAACCCGUGCUUGAAUGGCGGCGUGUGUCAGCCGUCAGGAGAGUGUUUGUGCCCCGUCACGGCAUCGGGCUCCUUCUGCGAAAACAUCGUCGAUCCGUGCGCGGGCGAUGCCAACCCGUGCCUGAACGGCGCAACCUGUGCUGUUGACAACGGCGCAGUCGUGUGCAACUGUGCGCCCGGCUUUGAAGGCAGCACGUGCAGCGAAGUUGUGCAGCCGUGCGUGCCAGAUCCAUGCCAGAACGGCGCCGCGUGCGUGCAGACGGGCCCAGAAUCGUAUAUGUGUGAGUGCACCAUUGGCUGGGGUGGCGACGACUGCUCUCUGGCCGUGGACCCUUGCACCUUUGACCCCUGCAACAACGGUGGCGAGUGCACUUCAUCCGGUGCCGACUACUCAUGCACGUGUGCCCCGGGCUUUGUCGGCCCAACCUGCGACAUCGAGUGCACGGAUAGUGGUUGCGCCGAGUGCCUGACAACAGACCCGUCCGUGUGCACGCUGUGCCAGGCGCCACUGUAUUUGCACGACAACGUGUGUCUUGACACGUGUCCCUCGGGCCUCGUCACUGAUCCGUACUCGAGCGUUCCCAGCGACAGCACAGAGAUCGGACCACGUGUUUGCGGCGAGUGGACUGGCGUGCCCAAGCUGGAGGGCGCGUUGUUUCACACGAGCGUCACGCCUGCGGAGGUGUGCCGUCGGCUCGGGCUGUCCUGGAGUGACGAGCUCUCGCUUGCCGCGCCCACAACCGGCCGGUCCACGGUGUGCAGCAUCUGGUACCCAGGUGCAGAGCUGGUGGAGUUUUCGCCGUGCGACAGCGAGCCCCACCUGGCCAGCAUCACCUGCUCCGCGCUGUGCGGGCUGAACUGCGACGUGUGCCAGGACUCGUCCACGUGUGACGUGUGCGAGGCUGGCUACUUUGUCAGUGCUUCUGGUACCUGCGUGCCUUCCUCAGAGUGUGGCAGUGGCUUCUACGCCGACACGACCACGGGCAACUGCCAGCCCUGCCAGGAGUGCGCGAGUGGAUCGUAUGCCACCGCCACAUGUACAGAGUUUGCCGACACCGUGUGCGAGGACUGGACUGUGUGCAGCGAAAACCAGAUUGUGUUUAUUGCGGGCUCGUCGACGCGUGACGUGGUGUGCCGCACAUGCAGCACGUGCGGUGCCAACCAGUAUGUGAGCCGUCGUUGCUUCGUGCAGACCGUCAACAAUUUACCCGUGUUCCGUGACACCGCAUGCAGCACAUGCACGACCUGCGAUGCCGGCGAGUUUGUGGAGCAGGCGUGCACCGCCACCACCGACACCGUCUGUGGCGUGUGCUCCACCUGCCCAACUGGGUUCUACGUCAGCACACCCUGCACGUCCGCCCAGGACACCGUGUGCAGUGCAAUCACCGCCUGUGCCGCUGGGGAGUACAUCAGCAAGGCAGCGACACCCAACGCCGACCAGCAGUGCUCCCCCAUCACUGAAUGUGUUGCUGGGGAGGAGUAUCUUGCCACGCCGGCCACCGCCACCUCCGACAACGUGUGCCGCCCCAUCACCGAGUGCGGCGCAAACCAAUAUGAGCUCCAUGCUCCCACAGAGACAAGCGACCGUGUGUGCACGGCGUGCAGCACGUGCCCCACCAACGAGCACAUCGUGUUGGCUUGCGGAGGCACGCAGGACACGCAGUGCAGUGGCUGCAGCACCUGCACGCCCGGCGAGACGUUCAUCCAGCAGCCGUGCACCGUCUUCUCGGACACCGUGUGUGCACCGUGCAGCGAGUGCGCAGCUGGCACGUUCCUCGUCGCCACUUGCGCCGGCCCAGAUGACACCGUGUGUGGACCGUGCACGCCUUGCUCCAGCACACAGUACCAGGUGGAGGCGUGCACCAGCACCCGCAACACCCAGUGCGCUGCGCUGACGGUGUGCUCCUCGACAGAGUACGAGUCGGUCGCUGCAACGGCUACCACAGACCGCACGUGCGUGGCCGUGUCGACGUGCGGCACCAACGAGUACCAGAGCAAGGCGCCCACGACGACCACCGACCGUCAAUGCAGCGCCGUGACCACGUGCACGGAAGACGAAUUUGAGCGCUACCCGCCCUCGCGCGUCACGGACCGCGUGUGCGCCGCGCUGACCGUGUGCCACGCUGAGCUGCAAUAUGAGCUGGUGGCACCAACCACCACCUCCGACCGCGUGUGCCGUCGCCUGACCACGUGCAGCCUGGACGAGGGCACGUACGAGCUUUUCGCGCCCACGGCAACCACAGACCGCGUGUGUGCACCCGUGCGCGAGUGUGAGGAGGGCGCCGAGUAUGAGGCCACCGCGCCCACGCCCACCUCCAACCGCGUGUGCCAGCCGCUCUCGCCAUGCCCGGAGCAGCUGACAUACGAGGCUGUUGCAGCAACCCCAACCUCGGACCGCACGUGCCUGGCGGACAAGUACUGCAGCUUCAGCGCCGAGCUGACCAACUUUGCUGGCGACGGCAGCGGCCGCGUCUUCGCCACAUUCACCGACCCCACGGCCCACCUUGACCUGCAGAUUGUGUCUGACGCCAAGGCGUGCGCAGACCAGUGCUUCCUGCGCAGCAGCUGCAAGGGGUUUGUUCUGGCACUGGAGACGGUGACGACGACAACGUCCGCGUCCACCGCACUCACCUGCACGCUGCUUUCGCGCCUGGGCGACGCCCACGGCGUGACAACCGGCCUGGUGACGGCGUCCUAUGCCCGCGUGGCCGUGCAGGAGUACGAGGUGCAGUCGCCGACGACCAGCACGCCACGGCAGUGUGCUGCCGUCACGCAGUGCAGCCCGGAGGUGGAGUUUGAGAUUCUUGCGCCAACAGCGACAACAGACCGCGAGUGCAGCGCGCUGACGCAGUGCGAAGCCGCGGCGGAGUACGAGACAGUGGCCCCAACAGCCACGUCCGACCGCGAAUGUGUUGCGCUCAGCACGUGUAACGAGGAGCUGGAGUACGAGGCAACGCCGCCCACGGCCACCACAGACCGCGUGUGCGAGCUGUUUACAAGCUGCCUUGCCACGGAAUACGCGGUUGUGCUUGCGUCACCCACCAACGAUCGCGUGUGCGAAGCGCUGACAACUUGCAACUUUGCCCAGCAGUACGAGACAGUGGCACCCACCUUCAGCAGCGACCGAGAGUGCACGGCCCUGAGCGUGUGCUCUGGUGCCGAGUACGAGCUGCAGCCGCCCUCUGUCACGCAGGACCGCGUGUGCGAGGCCGUGUCCAUGUGCACGAGCACCGAAUAUGAGGCGCGUGCGCCCACGGAGAGCAGCGACCGCGUGUGUCUGGCGCUGACGGAGUGCCUGGCGGGCGUGCAGUUUGAGCUGCAGCCGCCAACGGCGACGACGGAUCGCGUUUGCACCACAUACACGGCGUGCCGCCCCCUGACAGAGUUUGAGUCUCGCGCGCCCACAACCACCACAGACCGCGUGUGCAGCCCUUUUACCGUGUGCGAUCCCGCUGCCCAGUACCAGUCUGUGCCGGGCACGGCCACCUCCAACCGGGUGUGCACGGCGCUGACGCAGUGCGAGCUUGGCAUCACCUUUGAGACGCAGGCGCCCACGCCCACCAUGGAUCGCGUGUGCUCUGCGUGCUCGACAUGCGAUGCUGGCGCGGGCGAGGUCAUCACUGGGGAGUGCUCGCUCACCGCAGACACGGCGUGCAUGGCGUGCCCGUGCCAAAACGGCGUGCAGUGCACACAGCUCAACCCUGUGGGCUACAAGUGCGAGUGUCCAGCCGGCCUGAGCGGUGAGUUCUGUGAGAUUAACGCGGACGACUGCGCCUCAUCGCCGUGUCAGAACGGAGCAACCUGCGUUGACCUGAUCAACGGGUACGAGUGCAACUGCUUCCCUGGCUGGAGCGGCGAGACAUGCACGGUACUCGCAAACUGCAACGCAUACCGCUUCGAGGUGCUUGCGCGCACGGGCCUGCGCAUCAACCCGUGUGCACCGGGCACGUGCGACGCGGAUGACACGUGCUCUUGCCCAUCUGGCUUCACGGGCAGCUACUGCGAGGUGAACAUUGACGACUGCGAGAGCCACGCAUGCGAGAACGGCGGCACAUGCGUCGACGGGGUCAACUCGUACACGUGCAGGUGUCCCGUUGGCACCUACGGUGACCUGUGUGAGUUCAACGAGGACGACUGCUUCGAUGGCGCGUGCCAGAACGGCGGCACCUGUGUGGACGGCAUCAACUCUUACACGUGCGACUGCCCACCAGGGUUUGUCGGCGAGACGUGUACGGAGGAGACCAUCGAAUGCAGCCCAAACCCGUGCGAGAACGGCGGGACUUGCAUCGAAGGGCAAGCCACCUUCACCUGCGACUGUCCGUCAGGGUUUGGUGGCCCAACGUGCGCAGACAUCUGCCCACAGGACUGCGUGUCCUGCUCUUCCGCAGACGUGUGCACGAUGUGCACCAACUACAAGUAUCUUGAUGCUGGUGAGUGCCGCGACUCGUGCGCGGCAUCUUCAUCGCUUGCGGACGUGUACGGUGCUGUUGAGUACAGGAGUGGCUCCUCGGCUGCCACUGCCCACGAGACGGGCCGGGUGUGCGGCGCGUGGACGGGCCAGCCCGUGCUGGACGGCUACCUCUUCCAUCGCACGUGGACUGUAAAUGCGCUGUGCGAGGCCAUUGGUCUCGCACCACCGACAGACGCCCUGGUCGCAGCGACAGAGACCCUGAUCAGCUACGACCGCAUGGGCGUGUGUCGCAUCUGGUACCCGAGCCAAGGCCUGGUCACCCUGGUACAGCAGCCGCCUUGCGACGACAGCGAGCCGUACGUGAGCGAGGUGACAUGUAGCGCCCUGUGCGUGGACACGGGCUGCGGCGCGUGUGACCUCAGUGGUCGCUGCACGAGCUGCGUGUACCCGCAGCUGCUCAAGGAUGGCGCCUGUGUUUCAGAGAGCGAGUGCGGUGUUGGCUUCUUCGCCCACGUGGCUGAGGACGGCUCUGGCGUGUGUGAGGCGUGCACGGUGUGCGGCGCAGACGAGUACGAGACGACGCCCUGCAGCUUGGAUGGCAAUCGCGAGUGCGCUCCGCUCACGGCUUGCGACGCCUUUGGCGAGUUCUUCGUGCUGACGGCUGCCACGGCCACGACGGACCGCGUGUGCAAGGCGUGCACGGUCUGCGACAGCGACGCAUUUGCCAGUGGCGGCUGCCAGGGCGAGCAGGACACGCUGUGCCAGCCCCUGACGCGCUGCUCCCAGGACCAGUACGAGGCCGUUGCUGCGACGCCAACGAGCGAUCGCGUGUGCAUGGACAUCAGCAAGUGUGCAGCUGAGGCGGGCGAGUACGAGUUUGCGGCGCCAACGGCAACAACAGACCGCAUUUGCUGUGCAGAUGGCACGACGGGCCCGCAGUGCAGCGAGCCGUCCUCGGAUUGCUGCAUGAACGGUGGAACGUGCGUGCAGGAUGCGCUUGGCACCGGGCGGGAGUGUGUGUGCAUUCCCGGGUACGCCGGUGUCUCGUGCGAAGUUCUCCAGGACUGUCUCAUGGUGGUGGGCUACUUUGCGUCGGAGACAGGUUCGCGCCUGGAUCCGUGCGAGAACGGCGGCAUGUGUCAGUACGACGUGGCAGAGCAGCGCGGUGUGUGCCAGUGCCAACCCGGGUUUGCCGGCGACGCCUGCGAGGAGAGCGCAUUCAUGGCUGGUGACGUGAUCCCUGGCUACGAGCUUGUGCACGUUGGUGGUAAUGGUGGGCGUCGUUUCACCACCGCCUUUGACGCGGCCAGCACCAUCCUGGUCCUGCACAACGUGCUUGAGGCCACCUGUGUGCUUGAGUGCAACACGCAGGAGGCGUGCGAGGGCAUUUUCUUCUGGCAGCGGUCGGCGACGGAGCUUCGCUGCUACCUCCUGAGCGACACUGGCUCGUCUGCUGGGGUCGUGACCUCCACAGACUCGUUCAGCUACGCCAAGGUGCACACGACGACGACCACAACCACGACCACCACGACCACCACGACCACGACCACGACGACGACCACGACGACGACCACGACGGACGCAUUUGACUUUCCAUUUUCAGACAAUGGCUACGACGUUGUGUUUGCUGGGGUGCAGGGCACAAGCAGCGAUGGGCCCCGCCGGUUUUCGACCGCCUUCCAGAGCCAAUACGAGCUUGCGGUGCUGGACGUUGAUGCGGCCAUUGAGUGCCUGCAAGAGUGCGAUGCACUGGAUGCGUGCGCUGGUGUGUUCCUGAGGGAGGCGACAACGACCAUGCGAUGCCACCUGCUGUCAGACCUUGGCGCAGAAGCGGGCAUUGCCACGUCCACGACGUCUCUUUCGCUGCGCAAGCUGCUGGACACAACCACAACCACGACGACGACGACGACAACAACGACGACAACAACGACAACAACGACAACCACCACGACGACGACGACCACGGAUGUGCUCGGGUUUGCGUUUGAGGACAACGGCUACGUUGUUGUGUUUGAAGGUGUGCAGGGCAUGAGUGGUUCCCCGAGGCGCUUCAGCUCUGCAUUUGUGCCCUCCUUGGAGUUGGCUGUGGUGAGCACAACACAGGCGCGCACAUGCGUCAAUCUGUGUGAUGCUGAUGACAGGUGUUUGGCUCUCUUCAUCUUUGAGCGGUCGUCAGACUACCAGUGCCGGUUGCUUGCUGAGUUUGGGACCGAAACGGGCACUGCCACCUCCACAACGUCGCUGUCUCUCGUGAAGCUGCCAAAGACGACCACCACCACAUCUACGACAACUACAACAACCACAACGACCACAACUACAACAUCAACCACGACGACCACGAGCAGCACCACGACGACAACAACAGCGACGACAACGACCACGAGCAGCACCACAGCCAUCUUUGAGUAUCCAUUCGAUGAGAGCGAGUAUGAGGUUGUGUUCAGAGGUGUGUCUGCCUUCAACGCCGGUGCUCCCGUGCGCUUCUCGACUGCAUUCGACGCACGGUUUGAGCUGCAGGUCAUUUCCGUGGUGAGUGUUGCAGAGUGCCUGCAGGCAUGCCACGACAGCAACACCUGCCUCGGCGUGUUUUUGCGAGAGACAACAACCACGUUGCGGUGUCAUCUGCUUUCCAACUUGGGCACGCCUGAAGGUCUCCCAACGUCCACCGCAUCCCUCUCCCUGAGAAAGCUCAUGCUAACAACAUCAACAACGACGACGACGACCACUUCAACGACGACUGAAGAAGCAAUGUCAUCUACAACCACGACGACCACGACGACCACUUCAACCACGACGACCACGACGACCACUUCAACAACGACGACAACGACAACCACUUCAACCACGACGACCACGACGACCACUUCAACAACGACGACAACGACGACAACCGCGACCACGACCACUACCACGACCACAACCACUACUAGCACCACAACCACAACCACAACCACCACCACGACUACAACGACCACUACUCGCACCACAACGACUACCACUACAACCAUGAUUAGCACGACAACAACACAUGUGCUGCAGUUUGAUACGACAGGUUAUGAUGUGGUCUUCGUCGGCACACAAGGAGGAGUGUCUUCUCCUCGCCGAUUCAGCACCGCAUUUGACUCGACAUUCAGGCUCCCACUGACAGCCCCAGUGACGACGGGGGCAGAGUGCCUGCAGGCAUGUGAGGCGGAGGCUGCAUGCGUUGGUGCAUUCAUCUGGACACCUGAUGUCAACAUUCGCUGCUAUCUUUUGACAGACCUGGGCACAGAGGCGGGCAUUGCCACCUCCACCGCCUCCGUCUCCCUGCGGAAACUCGCCGCUUCCACGACAACGACAACAACAUCCACAACGACCACCACGACAGCAACGACAACGACGACGACCACCACAGCAACGACAACGAGCACAACAACAACGAGCACAACAACAACGAGCACAACCACAACUACUUCAACCACAACUACUUCAACCACAACUACUUCAACCACAACUACUUCAACCACAACUACUUCAACCACAACUACUUCAACCACAACUACUUCAACCACAACUACUUCAACCACAACUACUUCAACCACAACUACUUCAACCACAACUACUUCAACCACAACUACUUCAACCACUUUAACGACUACAACCACCAGCACCAGCACUACCAGCACCAGCACUACCAGCACCAGCACUACCAGCACCACAACAACCAGCACCACAACAACAACCAGCACCACAACAACCAGCACAACCACAACCAGCACAACCACAACCAGCACCACAACAACCAGCACAACCACAACCACCACAACCACAACCACAACAACAACCACCACGACGACCACCACCACGACCACCACAACCACAACCACAACCACAACUACUACAACAACCACAGCAACCAUCUCCAUUGAUGUGCCAAACACCGCACCUGAUUUCAGCGAGACAGAGGCCACAACAACGCUGACCAUCGAUGCAUCCUAUGACACAGUAGACCUUGCCCAGCUGCAGUCUGAUGUGCUUGAGAGCUUGGCCACCACCGGUGUCAGCUCAGAUGACGUGGCCUUUGUUCACUUCUACCCAGGCAGCAUCAACAUCCUUGUUGGCUUCCGCACGCAGGCCGCAUACACAACGCUGACGGCGGCGCUGGCCACCGGUCCUCUUCCCGUCGGCAACGCCACUGUCUCCCUGCUCACGACAAGCAUGCAGCCUUACGUGUCGUCGAAUGACGCUUUUGUCGCAUACAAGACCAGCACGAGCGAGCCAGGCUUCAACCUUGUCGCCCUUGACAACCUCAAGCCCGGCCUCAAGGUUGCGGUCACCAGCGCAGUGGGGCCGCUCAGCGUGGACAUGGAAGUGACAACACCGCGCCUAUCACCAACCACAUUCAAGGCGGUUGUCCUGCCGGCGUCCGGCAAUGUCUGGUUCAACGACCCCACCGUCUCUGUCUUUAUUCGCUUUGAGGAUGAGCGCGGCAGCGCACUUGUGGCGGAGGGGUCAACAGCCAUUGUGACCGUGUCGCCACCAGCAUCCUUGGGAGCAGCAGCAUCACCCCUCACCACGGUGUGUGUGUCAAAGCUGGACGAGCAAGAGGGUGCGGUGUGCACGGCAACGGUCACCCUGCCCUCGUCAUGGUUCUCCUACGAGCAAGAUGAGGAUGUGAGAGUGACGGCCGCGCUGCUGAGCGACAUCAGCAGCACCUCCACUGUGAUUGCCGACCUGACACUCAAGCAACAGCCCUCCGUGGCGCUGGCCACUGGCUAUGGCGUCGUGUGCCGGUUCCCGCAGGGCAGCGUGUUCUCCGAGAGCGGGUUUGACAUUGACUGCUUUGGGCGUGCGCGGGAUGGCGUUGCCCUCACGCAGUUCCAGUUGCAGCUGACGCCGUCUGCCGCCACCAUCUCCUUUGGACAGGUCACCAGCACGGACAUGUGGGGUGUUACCGCCCGCACAGUGAGUGGCAAGCUCGUCGUGACCGGCUCCCGCGUGAGCAGCACCGACACGGGCAGCACGGGCGAUGAGUUUAUGCACCUGUUCUCUGUGCGCGCCCGUGCCGGUACGACCACGUCCUCCUUCUCCGUGCGGGUCACCGUGCGCGUGCAGGAGAUGCUGUCGCUCGCGGGCCGCGUUGUGCCGGUCAACUCCCUUGCCCAUGUCACAGACGCGAACGUGACGCCCACCCAGCGAUCUGCGACAACAACGGUGGUUGCCGUCGACACUGCUGGCGUGCUGGCGUGGAUCGAGUCGCCCUUGCUGGUGAACACGGCGCCACUGGCUCCAACGCCCGACGCCCGCGUCUCCCGAAGCAUGACGGUGCUUGCCAUUAACACGGAUGGCACCGUCCUUGCCUCCGACAGCCACUUCUGCGCCGGCGCCGGCGUGACCCAGGCAACGGGGUGCACGGAGGUGAGCUUUGGAUCCACAGACCCAACUGACGGCCGAAUUGAGGUGACGGUGCUCCUGGGCACCGCACAGGACACUGUGGCGCUCAACGUCAUGCGCCUGGAUUCCGUGCAGCUGGAUGUGUCCAACACGCAGCUGCACUUUGUGACCACGGCCGCAGCGUUGGGCAACUGCACGGGCACCUUCCAGCAGGCGCGCGUGGGCAUUCGCGCCGUGUUUGUCGCCGGCGUGCGCAGCGUGAUUGUGGACGUGACGCACAUGGCGCCCUGGCUUCUGCAAAUGUCCAACGAGGACACGGUGCAGUUGGUGGGUGCACAGGCCGGUGAGGGCGAGUACGAUGUUGACCUGCAUCUCGCCCUGACGGGCGGCCGCGCCGUGCUUCAGGGCAUGGCCCCCGGCACGGUACAGCUGCAACUCGUGUCCCCUUCCGUGCCAGGCCUGGUUUGGGACAGCGAGGACGUGACUGUGCUGGGGUCCUCCGGACACGUCGCCACACACGUGCGCACGCUGUUGGCAGUUGACGUGCAAGUGGGCGCAGCCGCACCCUCCCUGACGGCGUUUGGCAGCAACGGCCCCGACGUGUCAGUGGGCGUGAGCAGCAGCGUCAAGGCGUCGUUCUCCGAGCUGCUGCAGCCUGGGGUCGCCGUCUCUGUAAUUGUUGAUGCACAGGGCGGCGAGAUCCUGGUGCUGUCCUCCGAUGCAGGCCCGGUGCCAAACAUUGCGCUGAACCGCGAGGCGAGCAACGCAGACGUGAUGGACGUCGACGCAGUCAUGCUCGCAGAUGGCAGCGUGGUCAUGGAGACCACUUCUGUCAUUGGCGUUGUCAACACCAACCAACAAGGCCAGGAUGUGCAUGUGCGCACAACGGCGGCCAUGUGUGGUGGAGCUGCAGUGCUGGAGGGAAGGGAGACGUUCCCGGUCCAGUUCCUCGACGUGGUCAGCGUGCAGUACAACGUGAGCACCAACGUCAUUGCCAUGGCUGGCUCUCCAGCCGUUGCCGCUGGUGUGAGCAGCCGCGUGCAGCUGCGCAUUGUGGCCACACGUGAGGAUGGCAGCACCCGCGAUGUGACGCUUGAUCCACGCGUCAUCAUUGACACGCAGACCUUUGGGCUCGGCGCCCUCGUCGUGGGCAGCUCCACGCAGGACGGCCGUCUGACCAUCGAGGCCACGCGCGUGGUGCAGGGUGCUGCUGUUGUGGUGUCCUUUGAAGGCUUCAACCAGACCCUCCCCAUCACCGUUGUUGAGGCUGUGCGCCUGGACCUGUCCGCGCAUCCGUACCCGCCGUAUCCCGGUUCAGAAUCUGUCUCCGCCAGCCCGCUGGAGGCCAUUGGCAGCACGGGGCGGUUCCAGGAGGCGCAGCUGCUGGCGUUGCUGUCUCUCUCCAACGGGGACCAGAUUGAUGUGACGGCGCACCCCGACAUUGAGUUUGACAUCUCGGUUCCCGAGCUGUACGUGGCCGAGACGCUGCUCCUCGCCACGGGAGAGACGCUGGGCAGCGUCACAGCCUCGUUUGCAGCUGGCGGCAUUGUGUCCAACGUACUGCAGAUGGAGGUGACGAGCACGCAGCGACAGGUGGCGCAGGUUGUCGUGGAGGCACCGGCCGCUCUGUCUGGGCUCAUGGGCGAUGUGUACGCCGGGGCCGUGCAGGUGACGCUGGUGCUGGACGACGGCACGCGCCUGCAGCACGGCUAUCUCUUCAACGCAACCACGCAGCAGCCCAACUUUCCCGGCAUGAUCACGUUCUCCUCCAGCCAGGAGGAAGCCGUGGUUGUGGAUGCGGCUACGGGCGCACUCACUAUUGCAGGCAACACGAAGCGCGGCCCUGCCGUGAUUACAGCCACCAGCGGGGGCGUGCAAGGGACAGCGAGCCUGCGCAUCAACCUCGACGUGGCUGAUCUGGACAUGGACAUGGGCAACCUGGCUGCCGCUGACGAGCCCAUCCCGACACAGAGCACGAGCCAGGCGUUCUCCGUCCCGCUGGUGCUGCGUCUGCCAACCACGGUGGAAUCUGUGGAUGCACUGCAGUUUCAGCUCUCCUUUGACCCAGCUGUGUUGUCGGUGCUGUACGUGACUGCCGGUGACGGCUGGUCCAACAGCCGCCUGUUUGUUGACAUUGAUGCGAGCGCGGGCGUGAUUCGCUCAGGCGGCAUCUUCCCGCUGCUCAAGGGCGGUGCAGACGACCCCACGCUCGUGGAGAUUGCCGUCAUCACCUUUGAGGUGAAGAGCACGGCGCCCGCAGGAUACACGGAUCUGGCGGGCCGGUUUGACGUGUUCAGCAGCAUGGGCUCCACCAUCGUUGCUGCCGGCACUCCAUUUGUUGCCGGUGAUGUCAGCGUGCUCAUUCAGAGCAGCAGCAGCAGCAGCAGUAGCAGCGCCGCUGCCGCCGCUACAGCCGACAACGGGCGUCGUCGUCGUCGUAACCUGCUAUCGCUUGAGCCCUUUGAUGUCACCAACCAAAUUGUGUUUGGCGAUGAGGGCAAGGAGGGUGUUGUCGAUGUCGAAGCUGACGGUGUGCGUGGCGCAGCUCCGCGCAAGCGCCGCGAUGUGCAGGUGAACGGGGACGUGAACCUUGAUGGCGUGUUUGAUUUGGCGGACGUGUUGUUCCUGUACGGGUACCUCGCUGGCUAUAACACGGACGUGACCCCCGAGCAGCUGCUUGAGAUGGACAUCAACGGCGACAGCCAGAUCAACACGGCCGAUUUCCUCUACAGCCAAAAGGUGGUGGCCAACGAGUACCGCUUCCUGGAGGUGUCCAGGGUUGCCUCUGUCUCGCUCGCCACGGACUGCCGGUUUGUUGUGGAGGUGACGACGCGCGACGCUUCGGGAGCACCAGAGAGCGAGGACACCAUUGUGUUUGUUGAUCUGGAGAGCCCAUCAGAGGGCUUCCACCAGCGCAUGGUUGCGAGCGAGUUCCUGUUUGGCACGCCGGUCGAGGCCAAGCCCGCACCCUUCAACGGCACCAUCGUGCGCGCAGCAGCCACGGGCAACGGCACGCAUACGGUGGCAUUUGACUCGAGCAUUGUUGCCGGCGCAAAGGUUGGCGUGAGCUUCUUCGUGGCCACACUGGACAGCAACGGCAGCCCAAGCGCAGACCGCAUUACGCCGCUGCUCACGGGCCCCUCGCUUGCCCCUUACAGCUACGUCGGCUAUGCCGGUGUGGGCAUCCCGAUUCAAGGCGAUGUGCUCGAUGUGCAGUUUUCCGAUUACAACGCAAAGGUGGCGCGCACGGUGGCGCAGACGACGUUUGAGUGCAUCCCAGACCCGUGCAUUGCGCUGCCGUGCGAGAACGGGGCCACGUGCACGCAGGACAUGCGCGAUUACACGUGUGAGUGCGCAGACGGCUACACGGGCGACAGGUGCGAGGUUGACAUUGACGAAUGCGACGGCCACGCGUGCCAGAACGGCGCCACGUGUGUUGAUGAGGUUGGCACGUAUUCGUGCAGGUGUGCUGCUGGCUUCACGGGUCCGCUGUGCGAGGUGAACGUUGACGAUUGCGCCGGCAACCCUUGCCUGAACGGGGCGUCGUGCGUCGACCUCAUUGACGGCUUCUCGUGCACGUGCGCGCUCGGGUUUGAGGGCGAGCGGUGUGAGCAGAACAUCGACGACUGCGCGAGCGACCCGUGCCUGAACGGCGGCACGUGUGUUGACGCGCUGGCGUCGUACUCGUGCGAAUGCCCCGACGGAUUUGAGGGCGACCGCUGUGAGGUGAACGUGGACGAGUGCGCAGACAGCCCCUGCGUGAACGGCGACUGCCGGGACGGAAACAACGGCUUUGUGUGUGAGUGUGACGCAGGGUUUACGGGUGAGCUGUGCGACGUCGACAUUGACGAGUGUGCGAGCCAGCCCUGCCAAAACAACGCCACCUGUGUCGAUCACAUCAACGCCUACACUUGCACGUGCCUGCCUGGGUUUUCUGGCGACGCAUGUGAAGUCGACUUCUGCGAGCAGCCCGAGAAUGCGUGUGAGAACGGCGGCGUGUGCGUGCGCGAAGAGGAGCGCUGCGAGUGCGUUGACGGGUGGUCUGGUCGCCUGUGCACGAUUCCCCCGCAGGAAAUUGUGACCGUGACGCCACCGCCGGCAUCCAAGUCGGGCAGCGGCAACUCUGUUGCGCAGCCCGCCAUCUUUGCGGUGGUGGGAGUGAUUGGGGUGCUGGCGUGUGUGGUGCUGGUGGUUGUUGUGCGACGGUACCGCGCAUCGAGCUACGACACGGCGCUGGACAAGAGCACGCUCGACUGGGAGGGCAUCGACGACGUGUACGACGAUAGUCGCCAUGCAGGCCGCAACACCUACGCGCAGAGCCCCAUCGUGCCCCUUGACAGCGAGUACGAGAACGUGCCUGCAGAGUACAGGCAGGAUUUCUCCGACUCAUCGGUGAUGCAGUCGAGGCUUGGCGCUGAGCUGGACACUAUUGCCAGCCCCGUGAGCCUGAAGCAGCAGCAGGCCGCAGACAGACAGCCCGCGACGAGUGGCGAGAUUAUCCGCUCGCUGCAGGGGCAGCUGGAGGGCGCCGACGAGGCGUUCCAGGCGGUACCGCGCAUCAAGCCGACGGCGACGUUUGAGACGGCCAAAUCGGAGGAGAACCGCCCGCGCAACCGCUACAGCGACGUGCUGCCGUAUGACGACACGCGCGUGAAGCUGUACAGCUCGGCAGAGACUGACUACAUCAACGGCAACCACGUGUCGCUGCAGGCCGGGCGCCGGAACUACUGGUACGUGGCGACGCAGGGCCCCGUGAAGGGCACGCUGGGCGACUUUUGGCGCAUGGUGUGGGAGCAGGGCUCUGAGAUGAUUGUGAUGGUGGCGGCGGAGGUUGAGAACGGGCGGACCAAGUGCGAGCGGUACUGGCCGCGGGAGCAAGGUGACUACGACGCCAUCCAGUACGGCGACUUUCGCGUGACGCUGCUGGGCGAGGUGGCCAACGAGGCAUACGCCCUGCGCGGGCUGCGGGUGAAGAACAUGAUCACGGGGGAGAAGCGCUCGAUCCGCCAGCUGCAGUACACGGCGUGGCCGGACAAGAGCGUCCCAGACGACUCCAACCAGUUUCUCAAGUUUGUGGACGAGGUGGCGGUGACGCGCGACCGCCUGCUCAACGGCAACACGGCGCAGCCCGCUUGGCCGACGAUUGUGCACUGCAGCGCCGGUGUUGGGCGGUCUGGCGUCCUGGUGCUGGUUGAAGUUGCGCUGUCGCUGGCGGAGCAAGGGCUCCUGCCCCGCCUUUCCACAGUCUUGGAGGAGAUGCGUGAGCAGCGCAUGCUGCUGGUGCAGACGUUCCCCCAGUUCCAGUUCUGCCACAGGGCGAUUAUUGCUCACCUGCAGCAGCAACUGCAGCUGGAGGCGUAA